AUGGCUUCGAUUUUUGAUCGAUGGGAAAAAGAUCCUUUCUUUAACGCCGCUGAAGAAGUUCAAGAAUCUGCUGAUAGGGUAGAAUCCACGUAUAGGAUAUGGAUUCAUGCAAUGAAAAAUGCGUCCAGUACUUGGAACUCUGAUGAACUUCGAAGAGAUCUUCAUACUGCCAUGGGCACUGCUAAGUGGCAGUUAGAUGAAUUUCAACGGGCGGUGAAGUCGAGUUAUAGCAAAAGCUCCAGUGAUGAUGCUAGAAAUAGGCAUCAAGAUUUUGUUGCUGCGAUUGAAGGCAAGAUUUCGAAAGUGGAGAAUUUGUUACAGCUGCAUGAAUCUGUUCCUUUAGGGACGCCGUUGUCGCCUUCUGGUGGUAAACUGCCGGUUAGAUUUACUGGGAGAAAUGGUGUGAAUCCACAAUUAGGUGAUAGAAAUUCGGUUAGAGCAGCGGUUGCGGUGGAGGAGAAACCACAUGGACAUCGCAGGGUGGCUAGCGCUGAUGCUGAUAUUAGUUCUUGGAAAAUUGCUGUUUUGGAUGAUGCGCAACAAUCGACUUCUUCUAAAGAUUCUUCUGGUCAUACUCCUAUGCAUAAGGUAGCCAGUGUCUCUAGAUUUUUUGGUUCCGUGGAAUCCAUUUCUAAGUUUAAGUGGCCGAAGAGUGGUUAUAGGAAGCUGAAAGCAAUGGAUAAUCAUCAAGAAACUGAUAAUGCACCACUACCGUCAACCGAAUACGACGGGGCCAUAGAUGAUUGCAAUGAAACAAGUAAGCUUUGCCUUCAUAGUUGUGAUGGAUGUUAUAAUAAGCCACUCCAGGGGUGGUACGGGGCUUUCCAAAGACAGCUUCAAAGAUCUCAAUACCAAAUGCAGUACAACCGGCCUGUUCAAAUAGCUGUCUGGAUAGUUAUUAUCCUUUGCUUGAUUGUUUUAAUUGCAUUUUGUGCAAUGCAGAAAGGAAGAUGA